GAACGUAAAAAGCAGUACAGGAAAACGUCUAACAAUAAAAAUAAGUAUACAUAUAUAAACAGUUUCAUAAGCGUACAUGCAUUAGUAUGCCGGCAUAACUGGCCGCGAUACGAUGUCGGCGUUACAUUUAAUCGCGUGUUCUAUUUUGAUAAUAAGUGCAAGCGAAGCUGCAAAAAUCCUUGCCGUAUUUCCAGUGCCAUCCAUAUCACACCAAGUGGUAUUUCGCCCUAUAACUCAAGAACUAGCCAAAAGAGGUCAUGAAGUUACCGUCAUCACGCCAAAUCCAGUCUUCACCAAAGGAGAAACAUUGCCAAAUCUAACUGAAAUUGACGUUCAAGAUAUUUCCUACAAAAUAUGGCAAGAACAUUUCAUGAAAGAAGCUUCGAAAGGGAAUAAGGAUGACAUGCAUUCUGCUAUGGAUAUAAUUUUGAGGACAUUUAUUUUGGUUGUCGAGGCACAGUUGAAGACGGAUUCUGUGAAAAAAAUCAUAAAUGAUAAAGAAACUAAAUAUGAUUUGCUAAUGAUUGAAGCUUGCGUGCCGCCUGCCUUGGCUUAUUCUUACAUAUUUAAGAAUGUACCCGUGAUUUUAGUGAGUUCUUUAGGAGCUGCGCCUGGUAAUUAUGAAGUGAUAGGAGCUGCUGAUCAUCCAUUCCUCUACCCAUCAGUUUUAAGACAAAGACUACAUAAUCUAAGUCUUUGGGAAAAGGUAACAGAGUUGUAUAGUCACUUAAAAACAGUGCAAAUGUAUUCAAGGAAUGAAGCAAAGGCGAAUGAAAUGCUUAGAAAACAUUUUGGUGAUAAAAUUCCUAGUAUUAGUGAAUUGGCAAAUAAUGUGGAUAUGUUGUUCCUGAAUGUGCAUCCUGUGUUUGAGGGGAUUAGGCCAGUGCCUCCAUCUGUAGUCUACAUGGGAGGGUUGCAUCAGAAACCUCCGAAGGAACUUCCAGCUGACUACCAAUCAUACCUGGACUCUUCGAAGAAUGGCGUAAUCUACAUCAGCUUCGGUACAAACGUAGCUCCAUCUAUGCUCCCACCAGAGAGAAUUCGGAUCCUAGUCAAAGUAUUCUCGCAACUGCCCUACGACGUGCUAUGGAAGUGGGACAAGGACGAACUGCCAGGACGCUCUAAAAACAUCAGAAUAUCAAAAUGGCUGCCACAGUCUGAUCUUUUGAGGCAUCCAAAAGUGAAGCUCUUCGUAACACAAGGAGGUCUGCAAUCAACGGACGAGGCUAUAACUGCAGGAGUACCUCUGAUUGGAGUACCAAUGUUGGGUGACCAAUGGUUCAAUGUGGAAAAAUAUGUGUACCUCAAGAUCGGACUUCAGCUUUCUUUGGAUACUAUCACAGAAGAAAAGUUUAAGAAUGCUAUUCUUACUGUCAUCGGUGAUGAGAGUUAUCGGCGUAACAUAGAAAAACUGAGAAGUGUGAUGCAAGAUGAACCGAUGGCACCUCUAGAGCGUGCCGUGUGGUGGACGGAGCACGUACUGCGUCACGGCGGCGCGAGACAUCUGCGUGGACCUGCAGCCAACAUGUCGUGGACAGAGUACCUCGAACUAGAAUUAGUUGCGAUCAUCUCUUUAGUCUUAGUUAGCAUAUUAUCAGUAUUUAUAUCUAUUUUAUACUGUUUGUGUAAAAAAUCUAGUAAGAAACCUAGUAUGAAGAAGAAACGUAAUUAAAUGUUAUUGGUUGGUA